UGGCCAGUGAGAGAGACUACCCCUACAAGGCACGUGCCAGGCGGGACAGAUGUCAGGCCAAUAAGUUAAGGGUCGCCAGGAUCCACAGCUUCACCAGACUGCCCCCAAAUGAGCAGGACAUGACCCGCUACGUGGCUGGCAACGGACCCAUCGUCGUAAGCGUCAACGCGGCGCUGCUGCAGCUGUACGUCGGGGGAGUUUUGCAUCCGACCCGUUCUAACUGUGACCCCAAUUUUCUAAACCACAAUGUCCUGCUGGUGGGCUUUGGGUUCGAUAAUAAUUCCUCUCACUGGAUCCUGAAGAAUUCUUGGGGCCUGAACUGGGGAGAGAAGGGCUAUUUCCGGCUGCAUCGUGGGAGCAACGCCUGUGGGAUCGCCAGUCGUCCCAUCACUGCCGUGAUCCCAGAUUACAAGCCCCGCAUCUACUGUCCACAAUGAGACCGUCAACCCUGUCCACCCGGUGGCCUGCAUUGCUCUAAACCCCCCACUGCCCCCUACACCACGGCUCCAGCAGAGACCACUCCCAUUUUUGACCCGCCCCAAACAAUCCCACAUCCCAGCCCGUCGGUGGAAUAACCUGGGAGAAGCCUCCUGGGUGAAGAUGGCCAGUCUUGGCCACUCCCCCGAAUCCUUCUGGUUCCCCAGCCGCCCGUUUAGGGCUGCGUCCCUCUGCCCACUUCCCCCUCCUCUCCCCCUCCCCUCCCUCCAGCUCCUCGACCAUAGUAUAGGGCUGCAUCCCCCUGCUCGCUCCCCGCGUAUCUGCCCUUAGUCUCCCUCCGGUUCCCUGACCUCCAACUUAGGGCUGAGUCCCCCUUUCCCCCUUCCUCCGCACACACACUUUUCUUUCUCGCUCCUCUGUCCCCAGCUGAGGCCUGGACGUCUCCUUAAUCACCUGAGCAGCAGGACCCUGCCUCCAUAGUCGCUGCUGAUGCAGCCAUUUUACUGUCACCAUGGAGUCUGGGGGGCGGAGGGUGGUGGCCUGUCCUCCCCCUGGAGGGAAGGGGCCAGUUAUGAUAUGGGCUCAGGAGGCAGCUCCAGAGGGUCCCCUUAUAGUGGUCCCAGAGUGCCUGGGGCCUGCCGAGGGAGGGGAAGGAAGGGGGAGCACAGCCAGGAGGCCGUUCCCUGGAGCGGAAACUCCCUGAGGGGAGGGCUCAUCCUGCCAAUCCUAUUGUCCUCUUGCAAACUUAGCUUAGAAGGCGCUCAAUAAAUAUGAUUGAUGAAUUGAUUGA